AUGGAGCACCGGUGCAACUCGCUUUGCAACUCUCCCGACGACCGGUUCACCGUGUGUGUUUGUUCACCGAUCUUCAACCGAUCGUUUGCGCCGCCUUUGUGUGCAUUUUGGCGGAGCGAUUUUUUUUGGGUAGCGGUUGAUCUGUGUUUUUCCGCCGCUUGCUGUGACAGUUUCAUCCAAGCGGUGAACGUGAGCGGUUGUCAAAAUAGUUCAGCUGACAGCGAAUUGGUAAACAGAACAAACGUUCUACAACAAACACACUCGCCACAAGCGGAAGGGAGGAACGAGAACGAGAUUUCUGUUCAGCAGCAGCAGCAGCAGCAGCACUUCCUCUUUGGAACUGUUCAAGACAACCGCGGUGAUCACGUCACGCAUCGCAGCAGCGGCGAUCGAGGAGCUCGAACUGCUCCAUACGCGCAUCCAAAGCCAAAGAUCCAACGACGACAAUCGGCGAGAGACUCAGCGAGCAAGCCCGUUGAGCACCGUCGCUAA